CAGUGAGCUCGUUGGUUCCCUGUUGGUUCGCUUAAACUUGCGAGUCCAGGCAUACUUGCACCAGUUCCCUUCUCAACACCACAUGCACAGGAGAUCCGCUGCCAAGUAUGAUGACGGCUUCGCGUUGAGGAAGAUUUGCAGCAGCAAUCGUCGGUGCUACCCGGUGCCGAAGGAAAGGACAGGAACGGUGAUGAUGGUGUUUCCUUUCCGCUGAUACGGUGCUUCCUUUCUCUCCACUGCGCGACUCCCGCUGUUCCUGUGUGCUCUCUAUCCCUACGCUUAGGACAUCCUGAACAAGCGGACAAGACACCAUGGCUUCGCGAUAUCACCAAACAUCGACCCCAUCAAAUAUACGCGUCUCUGUCACCUUCGAUACCCCGACUGUGUUUGCUGGAGAAGAUGUUGCUUGCACCAUCACCUUCAAGAACAUUGCACGAGAGCAUGGCAGCGCAGAUCGCUCUCCUAGCAGGAGUCCUAGGAGUCCCCAUUACAGUGGCACUGCACUUUUGGAGCAGCAACGUGCUAGGAAGGUGACGCCGAUACAUGCUCAGGGAAGCCGCUUGGGCAUACCUUCGCCCACCAGACACUCGAGCUACGGUCCGAACAUACCACCACAUCUGAGAAAAGCCGCCGCGCAGCAACAUAAGCCAUCCGGCUCGAUAGGCACAGAGAGUGAAGGACCAAACCAUCGCGAGGGAGGAAGCCGACCUCGCCAUGGAAGGAGCUUGUCUAUAUUGUCUAUGGGCACGGAUGUAGGAACUGUGGCUAGCGUGCCCAGCCGAGGUGGUCUCGAAGGAGGAGGAAUAAGAAGCCCGCGAGGAGGUGGACAUGGAAGAACUAUGAGCUUGCAAACAGCGCCGCGCAGAGCGAGCAGUGGCAAGCCUGAUGCUGGCCCGAGUAGUGGGCAAGGCUCCCCGAGGAUCGUUGGUCCGAUCAUCACGGAACAAGAUGUAGACGGGCAACGCACCAUACGGGCUAAGAGACACAAUGCAAGCAGUCGACCGUUGUCCGAGGCCAAGAGAUCUCCGGGCAUACUGCAACAGGACUUCAAGUUCCCGGCUGCUCCGGACGUAGAGGACGCGCCACUUUCCGCUGACGCAGAGUCGGCUGUCAGCCCAAAAACGGACUCAUUGCCCUUCCGGUCACUGCCUCCACCUACGCAAGAAUCAAACGCAAACCCUAUCGCACGUGUAUUGUCACAGUCAAGCGCCAAUGGGUCGCCCAGGAGCAGUCUAGACUUGCACUCUGAAGUUAUGAGCAACCAUUCAGACGAAACGUUCAUAUCGGAGUACGUUCCUCAACAACUUACGCGACUAUUACCGCGUUCGAAUCAUGUACGAACUAAUUCGCGGCUGGGGGUGAGAGAUCCGCCGAGGGGACCGGAGACAAUCAUGAUGGGCUAUGCACAGAUGAUGGGCUCGUUUACGUUGGAAGGUUCCUUAGUGAAUCAAGCUCCUUUCGAGGAGAUCAAAAGAAAAGGUGUGGUGGGGUCUCAGGGCGGUGGUGGAGUUGUUGGUGUCGAGCGUACGAAGCGUGACUCGGGGCUCUUCGGUUCCUUCGGAUGGGGCAACAUUGGUGAAUCCAUCGGCGGGUUGUUGGGUGGCAGCGAGCUCAGUAGCAUCAAGGAGAUGAGAGGCAUUGCGAAUCAGAAGAGCAUACCGCUCAUCACAACGCCUCCGUCUAUUCUUUUUGUAGACUUGACUCUGGCGCCGGGCGAGACGAAGAGUUAUUCCUAUCGCUUUACUCUACCGAGGGGUUUGCCUCCUAGCCACAGAGGACGUGCGAUUAAGGUCACGUAUCAGCUUGUCAUUAGCGCCCAGAGGCCGGGAAAAGGGCGAGAACAACAGGUGAGGUCAGUAGACGUUCCGUUUCGAGUUUUUGGGAGCGUCGAUCCGAGUGGAGAAAUACUAGGACAUGAUCUCAUGUCUCCUUAUAUACUGCUACGCGACCAAGCUCGCACAUCCGUAGUCGAUACAACGGCCUCGAAACCAGACAUCAAGCCUAAGAAACCACCAGACCGGGAGGGCGAGGCCGAUUUCAGAGCAUACACCUCAGCACUCCUCGAUAAGUCUGGACCAAAUGGACAACCGGCCCUUCUUUCCCCCACAUCACCACUUGCACCAUCCGGCCCCCUUAACACCAAUGCUAUGCGCCGUCAGUCCAGCGUCGGCGAGGCUCCUCAGACACAGCUGGAAAUAAUAGACUUUGCAAUCUUACGUGCCAACCAUCAGGAUCAGAGAGCCAACGGCUGGUCAUCGUCAUCGUCGGGAAGGUUGAGCAACAAAUUUGAUAUCGCAAGGUCAGGCCGACACGUCGCGACGCUACACCUCACCCGCCCAGCAUACCGAUUAGGCGAAACCAUCCACCUAGUUGCUUCUUUCAAGGGCGCCUCCAUUCCGACGUAUGCGAUCCAAGUUGCGCUUGAGACACGAGAAACGGUUGACCCUGCUAUCGCCAUGCGCAGUGCCGCCAGCAUUUACAGAUACACACGCAAAGUGCAUGCCUACGAUGCUGCAAGUGCACUGUUCGCCAAGCGCCUGAGUUUUGCACUCGCCAUCCCAGGCAAUGCUACGCCAGAGUUUGUGACCGCAGGGAUUUCUUUGGAGUGGCGCCUAAGGGUGGAAUUCGUUACCCCGAGAAUCUCGGUUGGGGAGGAUGAGGACUUGCUGGAGGAGGUCAUCGAGGAUGACCGGGGAGUGAUCCUACAGGGAAUCGAGGGCUUGAGGGUUGAAAAUUUUGAAGUGGCGGUACCUUUAAGAAUUUAUGGGGGUGUUACAAGCGGUGGGGCUGCAGAGUGCGAUGUGGAGGACAUGCCCGUGUAGAUCAGGAUGCAUUAGCAGACACAGAUACAUAUCUCUUGUGUAGUUUGUACUAUUUUCUGAACAAUACCCACAUAUAGCAUUGACAAUUGUCGUCCAAUACAGAUUAAAGAUGAUAAUGGUAUUCGAUGCGGUCAAUAAGCG